CAGGUGUGACUUCACAAGAAUGUUUCACCUGUGGACACAAUGACCUAGGACAAGGGGUGUGGUUAUCCUGGAAGAAUGCAAGGCGGGAGUAGUACUGCUUUGCUGUUCCUCCUCUCACUUCCUGAAGUGAACGCUGUCCAAAUAUGUGGAGAUACAAACAGACCUGUAAGGUUCUGGACCUUUGAUUCACCAGACCAGGAAAUAUUAUCCUACGGCAAAGAUCAUUCACACGUGCUGGUAUAAAGCAUGUUCCUGUGGCAAUAUCUGACACUGCUCCUGCUGACGACUGUUCAAAUAUACAAAGCUCAGAGAUGUGAAGAAUUUACAGAUCUAGAUCUCAGUCACGCAAUCACUGGAACCAGCCUCAAAAUUAGGUUGUUGCUGUACACCAGGGAUAAUGCCACCUGUGGUACACUCGUGUCCCACACGGACCUGUCUGCCCAUCCCCAGUUUAACUUGUCCAAACCAACCACCUUCAUCAUUCAUGGCUAUCGGCCUACGGGAUCUCCACCUGCGUGGUUGCAGCAGAUCUCGAAGCUGCUGAUGGCCAGGGAAGACGUUAAUGUCAUAGUGGUGGACUGGAACCACGGAGCUGCUAAUGUGAAUUAUUUAAAGGCCGUGGAGAACACAUACAACGCAGCCAAGAACCUCACUGCUUUCAUUACAAUGCUGCAGGAACAUGGUGCCUCUCUGAGCUCCAUCCACAUAAUCGGAAUCAGUCUUGGGGCUCAUAUGUCAGGCUUAAUAGGUGCUAACCUGAAUGGGUCUCUUGGAAGAAUUACAGCUCUGGAUCCAGCUGGGCCUAAAUUCACUGGCACUCCUCCAGAGCGCAGACUGGACCCCACAGACGCCCAGUUUGUGGAUGUCCUGCACACAGACAUAGAUGCUUUUGGCUUUAGGGAACCUCUGGGUCACAUCGAUUUCUAUGCUAAUGGUGGAACAGACCAACCCGGCUGCCCAAAGACCAUCUUUUCUGGAGGAGCCUAUUUUAAAUGCGACCACCAGAGAUCAGUGUUCCUCUUCCUUGACUCUGUGAAUAGGACGUGUGUCAGCAAGGCCUUCCCCUGCUCCUCCUACAAAGACUUUCUGGAUGGUAACUGCUUGAACUGUGACCACUUUGGUCCUGCUGGAUGUCCUGUCUUUGGUUAUGAUGUCAUCAAGUGGAAAGAGGUCCUGUUGAAGCUGGGCCAGACAAAAACUUACUUCACCACAAAUGCAGAUUCUCCGUUCUGCAUGACAAACUACAGGUUGGAGGUGAUGAUAUGGAACAAGGAUGUACGCUGGGGCUACAUGACUGUUAAACUUCACGGUAAUGGUAAAGAAGCAGUGGCAACCAUUGACCAUACAGCAUCCAAGUUCAAGAAGUACACAGAGACCAAUUUGUUUGCCCAGUUUGACAAAGACAUUCAGUCAGUGGAAAAGGUGUCUCUCAAAUUCUCCACUGGGAAUGUAUUCAAGCCCAAAUAUAAGCUCCGUGUUCUCCGCAUCCGUCUAAGACAUCUGGAACGCAAGGAGAGGCCUCUCUGUCGAUAUGACAUCCUUCUCGAGGAGAACAAAGAGGUUACCUUCAGGCCAAUUUCCUGUGAAGAAUCCAAUUUCUGAAACAAAAUCGGACUCCGCUUCAAAAGAUUCAAACAUACUGGAAGAGAUUCAGCCGUCUCUUCAGUUUCUCAACGAUUGUACAGGAAAGCAGGGGCGUAGCACACAAUUCUGGGCCCUGUAGAAAGGUAUUCUCCAUUGGCCCCCUCUCUGCAUCCACAGCUAUUCAUUCUAGCAUCUUUUUGGGCCCUCCACACAUGAGGGCCCUGGGUACUCAGUCCCCUUUCCACCCCCAGUCCGAUAACCCUGCAGGAAAGCAAUAAGGACUCAAAGAUAGCAUAUCAAAAGUGCUAACCUGGCUGUUUAGUGAUCAUUUGUGAUCUAAAAAUGAUAUGUGAUAUAAUAUAUAUCAUAUAUGGGUAUAUGGGUUUUUAAGAGAAAAUAUGUUUUUUGUAAGAAGAAUAUUGGCUGAAAAGGGAAUUUAUAUGCAAUUCACUUGUAGGAUGAAUUAGAAUUUUUGUUCAUCAAUUGAAAAUAAAUGUAUCUCAUAAUGA